AUCAUACACAAAUACUAUUUUUGGACUAUAAAUUUAGUACUUUACUAUGUAUUAAAUCUACCCAAAAUGUCUCAAAUUAAGAGGUGAGUGUGUUAUAUAUGUGUGUGUGCAUAUGCAUAUAUAUACUUAGUUUAUUCCUCGAAUAGAUUGUUGACUCUUGGCUCAACCUUCCCCUCUCUCUAUUUCUUACCUUUCUCUUUCUCCUUAUUCGUUCAUCUUCGUCUUCCCUUCCCUUUUGGUCUUGGUAAGAUCUACAAAAAAAAAAACCCUAGAAAAGAGAAGAACCAGAGGAGAUUCAAAUAGAGGAUAAAAUUGAUGGGAAGAGGGAAGAUUGUGAUCCAAAGGAUCGAUGAUUCAACGAGUAGACAAGUCACUUUCUCCAAACGAAGAAAGGGUCUUAUCAAGAAAGCCAAAGAGCUAGCUAUUCUCUGCGACGCCGAGGUCGGUCUCAUCAUCUUCUCUAGCACCGGAAAGCUCUAUGACUUUGCAAGCUCCAGUAUGGAGUCGGUUAUUGAUAGAUACAACAAGAGCAAGAUCGAGCAACAACAACUAAUGAACCCCGCAUCAGAAGUCAAGUUUUGGCAGAGAGAAGCUGCUGUUCUAAGGCAAGAAUUGCAUGCUUUGCAAGAAAAUCAUCGGCAAAUGAUGGGAGAACAACUAAAUGGUUUAAGCGUUAACGAGCUAAACAGUCUUGAAAAUCAACUUGAAAUAAGUUUACGUGGAAUUCGUAUGAAAAAGGAACAAAUGUUGACUCAAGAAAUCCAAGAACUAAGCCAAAAGAGGAAUCUCAUUCGUCAGGAAAACCUCGAUUUAUCUAGGAAAGUACAACGGAUUCAUCAAGAAAAUGUGGAGCUCUACAAGAAGGCUUAUACGGAAAACACAAACGGGUUUAUACAUCAUGAGCUAGCUGUCGCGGAUGAUGAAUCACACACUCAGAUUCGGCUGCAACUAAGCCAACCUGAGCAUUCCGAUUAUGAGACCCCACAUCAAGAUUGAAGUUGGAAGAUACCAUGAUGUUGAAGAACAAUCCAAAGGCUUGGUUUGGAUAAGGUUCUUGAACUGGAAACCCAAUAAACCAAGCCACGACGAUAAGUAGCAUGCAUGGAUCUUCUAACAUAAUCAUAUUUUUCUUUGUGCAUUUCAAUUUGAAAUAUAUAUAUAUAUAUAUAUAUAUAUAUAGAUAUAUAAUUAAAUUAAAACAUAUAUAAUUAAAAUCCGGUGUUGUUAUACUCAUCUUGAGUACUCAUAUUGUACUUGUUUAUAACCAUAGAUUCGUCAAUUAACAGAGAAAAAUCAUAUGAUUUAUCCUAAAAA